UCCUCUGAGUCUCCUCCAGUCUGUGCUGCACUCCUUCUGUGUCACCCGAACCGGAAAUUGUCUGUGCUUCAGGGACAAGGUAGUUUUACUGUAACGAUAAGCAAAAAUGGCACCCAAGAAGGACCCUAAAGCUCCCGCCAAGAAGGCCGAACCUGCACCAGCACCGGCAGCCGCGCCUGAGCCAGCGCCCGCUCCUGCAGCAGCUCCCGCUGUUGACCUGUCCUCCGUCAAGAUUGAAUUCAGCGCAGACCAGGUUGACGACUACAGAGAGGCCUUCGGCUUGUUCGACAGGGUGGGUGACAACAAGGUGGCGUACAACCAGCUCGCUGACAUCAUGCGCGCUCUGGGACAGAAUCCCACCAACAAGGAAGUCAGCAAACUGCUGGGGAAUCCCUCAGCUGAUGACAUGGCCAACAAGAGAGUAGAGUUUGAAGCUUUCUUGCCCAUGCUUCAGACCAUCAUCAACAGCCCAAACAAGGCAGGAUUUGAGGACUACGUUGAGGGUCUACGUGUCUUCGACAAGGAGGGCAACGGCACAGUCAUGGGUGCUGAGCUGCGUAUCGUCCUGGCAACACUGGGAGAGAAAAUGACUGAGGGUGAGAUUGAUGCUCUCAUGGCUGGACAGGAGGAUGAGAACGGCUGCGUGAACUAUGAGGCCUUUGUCAAGCACAUCAUGUCUGUGUAAGGACCCUGCCACUGUGGUGGUGAACAUCAACUAGUGCAGACCCCAUGGUGUCGUGACAUCCACUCCCUGUUUCCUGAAUCAUCUGUGGAAGCACGGGGAACAAAGGACUAAGAGAUGUCAUUUCUUGAACCCUGUUUUGUUAAAUCCUAUUUUUUUCUCUUUUGUCCAAAUGGUGCUUUGUCAGUUGUUUUUUUUUUUUUUUUUUCCUUUUUCUCUCUUCCUCCUCCUGCUACUCCGAAAGCAGUAAUGACUGCCGAGGUGCUUCUUCCCUCAUCUUCAUCUGGGUCCCCGGGUCUUAUUGGGGUUUUUGUUAUUACAGAGGAACAGUGAUGGAGGGGGAGGUGGAAUACUGAUGACCAUUUCCUCCCACUUAUUGCUUUGCUGGCUGUCUAGCUGCCAUGUGGGUGACCUGUUUGGCCCAGGACUGGCCAUCAAAAUCAUCCACCAUUCACUCAAUCCAUCCCUGAGUCUUAAGCUAAUGUAUCCUCUGCCAUUUUACAAUAAACUUUUCACACUCCCAUUUUA